CAGAGCACAGCCCACUGGCCGCGCUGAUUAGAGCCCAAGAUCCCGCUAACAGUGGUGCUCACUGCACCAAUUCUCGCAUUCAAGCGGCACGCAUCGAUUGCAGCGGUGCGCGUGAGUUCAUCGCUGUGCAGGCUGCACUUGCAAGACAGCAGCAGACAGCGAUGGACGCCGACGACGAGCGCCUGACGGACUGGGGCGCGUCGCGCCGCACCUACUAUGGAGGCGACACCGCCGAUUUAGAAAUUGGCCAAAAGGAUGAGGACGCCGUUGAGGAGGAGGCGCUCGCGCGCGCGCAGCAGCGCGAGGCGUUGGAGGCGCUGGACGAGGACGACUUCGCGUUGGAUGGGGAUGGUGACGAUGAUGUAGAGGAGGAGGGCGGCGACCUCUUCGCGGCGCUCGGGCGGAAGGGCGGCUCUCGAAAAAGUGUCGACCGCAAAGCUAUUGCAGAGAGAGCUCUGGAGGUGCUGGAGGCGCCCGUCGAGGGCGCCGAGCCAAGUGCGACAAUCUUACGUUUGUUAAGGGAGCAGCAAGCUCUUGGUUUAUUAUGCGACGCGGGCUUCUACGAAUUAUUAAGGGCGGAGGGCGUCGAUCCACAACAACACCCGAUCGCGCAGCGUUUGCCAAUCGCUUUACGAAGUUUGGAGGCCUCGGCAUCAUUGGAGGCGCCCGCGACCGUGGCGACGCCGACGCCGACAGAGGAAGCGCCCCAAGAGGAGGACGAUUUGUACGCCGCUUCCCAGGAAAGACGGCGGAAGAAGCGCCAGAAGUACGAGGUGAAGCCGCGCUUCGGUAGUUGGAGAGACGAGCUCGACGCGCCGGCGGCCGACGACCGGCGCGCGGCGUCGCGCGCCGUCGUGCGCAACAAGGGGCUGGCCCCGCACCGGACGAACAAGUACCGCAACCCGCGCGUCAAGAAGAAGAUCAAGUACGCCAGGGCCGUCGUGCGGCGCAAGGGCCAGGUGCGCGAGAUGCGCAACGAGGCCGAGGGUUAUGGGGGAGAGGCCUCGGGCGUGCGCAAGGGCGUCGGCAAGAGCCGCAGGAUUACUUAAGUGUGUGG